AUGACACCCAACACAAGAACAUUGGUGAAUGCUGCAUUAGGAGGGUCCUUAAAAACAAAAACUCCGGAGGAAACUUUGGAAUUACUAGAAUCUCUAGCCUCUCAGGAGUACGAUAAUGCUCCAGUAGCACAGAGAAGAGCGGGGAUUAUGAAGCUUGAUGGCUAUGAUGCCAUCUUAGCUCAGAAUGAACAGAUUUUACAAAUUAACAAGAAACAACAAGAACAACUGGAUGCUCUCACAAAGCAAUUUACUAGUGCUCAUGCUACUGAAGACUGCAGGGCACCCGAAACUUCGGAUGUCAACGGAAUCUGGUACGAUCAAAGAAACCAGAAUAAUCUGGGGAGGAAUCAACAUGGAAAUAAUCAGAAUCCGGGGUGGAGGAAUCAAAAUCAACAUCCAGGUUUUAGUUACAGUUCAAAUCAUCAGCUAAAUCCUCCACCAGUGCAACAGCAACCUCCUCAACAAGGAAACACAUCAGAGUGGGAGAAGGCCUUUGCACAGCUGUCCAAGACCACGUCAGAUUACAUUCAGAGUUCCAAUGCUUUCAGAGAAGACACUUCAGCCUUUAUGCAAGAAACAAGGGCCUCAUUCCGGAAUCAAGAAGUCUCUAUCCGGAAUCUUGAAACUCCGAUUGGCCAAGUGUCAAGGCAAUUCACUGAAAGAGUUCAAGGAACUUUCCCAGGAAAUACUAUUCCAAAUCCAAGUAGGGAACACUGCAAUGCAAUUACUACUACGAGUGAGAAAGCCAUUGAACCUGUGGUAAAGCCUUCAGUAGAGAAAAAGAAAGAUGAUAAACCUGCAAUUGAUAAGGAAAAAGAAAAGGAAGUUGCCAAAGAAUCUGCUGCAGAAAAAACUGUUCCUGAGAAGAAAGAGUUCAAAUGGGAGAAAAAGAAAGCUCAAGAAAGCCAAGAAAAGCCAUUGGAGCUCUCACCUUAUGCAAAGAUUCCAUAUCCACAGAGGUUUAGAGAAGAAAUUCAUAAGCAACAGUACUCCAGGUUCCUUGAUAUUUUCAAGAAGCUGCAAAUCAAUAUACCAUUUACUGAAGCCUUGGAGAACAUGCCCAAUUACGUGAAGUUCAUGAAAGAUUUACUAUCAAGAAAGCGUAAACUGCAGGAAUGUGAGACGGUGACUCUGACAGAGGAAUGUAGUGCCAUUAUCCAGAAAAAGUUGCCUCCAAAACUAAAAGAUCCAGGAAGCUUCAGCAUUCUGUGCAACAAAGGCGAUGUGAAAGUGGAAAACGUGUUAUGUGAUCUUGGAGCAAGCAUCAAUGUCAUGCCACUCUCCAUGAUGAGGAAACUGGGGAUUACUAAAGUAAAGCCAACCAAGACAAUAGUGCAACUGGCUGACCGCUCUACAAAGCAAGCUUAUGGCAUUAUUGAGGACAUACUGGUAAAGGUUGAAAAAUUCAUCAUUCCUGUUGAUUUUGUCAUCCUUGAUAUAGAGGAAAAUUCUACUAUUCCUGGAAGACCUUUCUUGGCAACCUCAGGAGCGCUGAUUGAUGUACCGAAAGGCGAGUUGAUCUUACGGGUAGACGGGGAGCAAGCAAUUUUCAAGUUCUUUGAUAUAGAAGUCCAUUCACCUAUAAUUCAACCGUGUAUAUAUGGGAAUAAAGCACACAGAUACUCGAAUGUUGAUGCUGAUAUGACUGCAGACACUACACAAGAUGCUGCUAAUAUAUAUUAUGUUGAUGAUGUUGUUGCUGCAGAUGCCACAACUGGUAAUGAUCAGGAUGCAGUAGAGGAGGAUGAUACACCCACCACUGAUAUGAAGGAGGAUUGA